AAAAAAAAAUCGUUACCUUCAACAGCCAUGCAUUAUACUCUAUCGAUUUCAUCGGUGACCGCGGUGCAGUUCAGUCCAACCUCCCAACUCAGUCGGUGCAUCCCUCAGUGCCAUCGCGCGAUAACACUCUGCAGUCAAUCGAAGAAAGAGAAACCCGUAAUCAUGGCCUCUCUCGCUAAUAUCCACCGUCGCCGGCUGCCGAUUCAACGCUUUCCCCAGCUACCCCGUCUGGGUUUCGCCGCCCCCGUUCCGUAUCCGAACCGCGGAUCCCACCGCCGGCUCAGCAGCACCGGCGGCGACUCGUCUCGGCCCGAGCUCGGCGGGGGCAACGCGUACGAGCUGCUGGGAGUGCCGGAGACCAGCUCGUUCGCCGAAAUCAAGGCGUCGUUCCGCAGAUUGGCCAAGGAAACCCACCCUGACCUCGCCGGGUCGUUGAACGACGCCGGGACUUGUCAGCGAUUCGUUCAGAUUCUUGCAGCUUACGAGAUUCUCUCUGAUGCUGGAAAGAGGGCCCAUUAUGAUAGGUACCUUUUGACUCAGAAAAAGCUAGUACAGAAACUUUCAAGAGAGUAUUCAGUUUCUUAUGUGUACAGAUCACAUGCAACAGUAUAUAAGGAGAUGGAAGUUGUUGAAUGGUUGAAGUGGUAUAGAUAUGCUAUCAAUGAUAUAUUGUCAGAGAACAAAGUGGUCACUGGAACAGGCUAUUUUGAUAUACUUGAAGGGGACUUCUAUUCAGCAAUACGCACAGCAUAUUAUGGCCCUUGGAUUGAGUCGCUGGAUCUUCUUCCCGACUGCUUUGAAGCUGAGGAGCGGUCUCUUCAUGAAACUCCAGAGGUAUUGCACUUGGUUUCAGGCCGAUAUCUCUUUGGCAUGGUCUGUCUGGUCAACAAGAUUCCUGAAUUAGCAUCUGCCUUCCAUGAGAAGUUAAAUGCUUAUCAAUCAGCGGGUCUUGGUGAGUGUUUUAUGAGAAAUAACACGGACACUUCCAUCAAUUAUAGAAUGCAAGUAAAUGCUGAUGUUUCUCAGACAGAGACCAGUGGUACAAAUUAUGCAUCUGAUGCAUAUAAAGACCUGGAGUUACAUAUAUCUGGAAGAGUAGUGGCCAAAGCAAUAAGAUUGCCUCCCCAAAGCUGUUGCAAGGGAAUCAGAAAUGAUGAUGCUGAUGAUCAUAUAUAUGUGUUUCUCAGUUCACAUAAGGACUGCAUGGAUAAUAGCCAAGAGUUUCUUUCCUCUAGAGGCUUUGGAGUUGGGUCAACUCCACUGGGAACAGUAGUAGGACUGGGUACCAGCCCAGAAGAAGGAUCAUGCUUCGUUUAUGAUAGCAGUGGCACCAAAACCCAUGUGAUAAUGAAACACAGAACAUUUCUGGUAAAGCAUAUGCACUGGUAUCAAUGCGGAGAUAAGAUUUCCAUUUGUGAGUGCAGAAGUACUAGGGCCCGGCUACCCUCUAGCAAGUUUUGGCUGUUCGAGCCAAGGUGUGCAAUGCAUGAUAUUGGGGGCUGGUAUGUUGAAACAUUUGGAAGAGAUGAGAAAAGCAAAACAGUUCCAUCCCAGAGAUACUGGGAUGGUUUUGACGUGGAGGGACAGUUUGACAAGAGACUCCACCCAGCUGUGUAUCUACUUGCUCUUGCAUAUAGAACAUUAGAUAUUGAAGAUGUUAAGAGAAGGAAACAAACAGUCAGAGGUGUUGUGGAAGGACACCUCUUUAGACUUCUCAGUUGGUGCAAGAAGCUUGUCUAAGAGUUCACUUUUGUGUCCUAAACCUCUCCUUGCAUUUACAUAAGCUACAAAGAGCAAGCUAGCAAUAUUCUGGCCUAAAUAAGAUGCAGAAACUGCCACUUUGCUUUGAAAAGCUGACUGUUGGGAUGUCAAUUAAUCUGAUCCCUUUAGGGUGGCCUCUUGAGUUCUGAGAAUGAUGGUUGAUCACCACAUGUCCAUUUUGAUGGAAUAGAUGUCAAAGGAGAUUUGUAUGGUCUAGGGAGAUCUGUAGGACAUCUAAAGUGUCUUAUUCAUGAUACCAUGCUAAAUCAAAGUCAUACAAUUCUCGAAGUUCAAAGUCCUGGAUUACACUUCUGUGUGUGCACCAAGGAAUGUGCGAGAAACCUACAGAGCCUGCAGAACCUGCAUGUUCAGGUAGACCUGUAUGCCUUAGUUGCUCCACUGAGUUCUACCGUUUGAAUCUUUGUCUUAUGCAUGCUACCAUGCUAAAGCAAAGUCACGAUUUUUGAAGUUCAAAAGCUCUGGAUUACACUUGCGUGCGAACUAAGGAAUGUCAGAGGCAACUUUGCAGAACCUACCAAGCCUGUGGAACCUGCAUGUUCAGGUAGACCUGUAUGCCUCAGUUGCUCCACCGAGCUUAGUGUUUGGAUCUUUGGGAUACUGGGUAACUCUUAUAUGGGACUUAUAACUGCUGUUUGUUGACCAGAUGGUAUCACAAACAUCUGAAGUUUGGAUCAAGCAUCUUUACUUUAGGAACUGGAUAUCAUGGACUAAGAGGUAAAAAUGUGCGCUGAGAUAUGGAUGUGGCUGUUGUCUGAUGUUGGUUUGUUGAGGAGGAGACUCACCAACGAAGGUCUUACUUGAACUUUGCUGAUCUUUGAACCCAGAAGUUCGAUGAGCUCUAUCAGUUCACAAAUUUCAUUUUACUAGAUACCUUGGCUCAUAAGGUAACACCACUUUGACCGGUCUUUUGUGUCCUUUUUUAUUUCGGAUACAGGUUAUGGAAAGCUCUAUCUAACUUGGUCAUGGCUUGGAUGGUGAAUGAUCAGGGUGGCAUUAUUACCGUUCUGUAUCUUUGUGCAACAAGGCAAGCCAUUGUAUUUUUUUGGUGCCUAUUUCAUUGUUUUUGGGGGUUUUAUUUUGUAAAUUAGGAAACUCUGAAAGCAUAUAGAAAUUUAUAUUUUGUGCUGUAUUUCAGAAGGUUGUUGAUAAUGUACUCUUUUUAAAGAUUGCAAUGCGGAGAAUUCCAUUAUCCCAUCAGAAAUUUUAA